UCCGCAUGUUUUUGACUGGUCGUGUCCUUCUUCUUCCAAAUCAAGCCGUGGCGGGUGAGCUCCAGCAAAUCCCUAACCCUAAUGGCUUGCAAAUGGCGACGGCGGUGUAGAUCCUGUACCUAGCUGGGCUAGUUUGUCUGCUGGAGGAAGGUUUCCAUCUCUGCCCCAAGCUGUACCUAGUUGUGCGACCUUGGCUACAGGAGGAAUCCUGGUCGUCUCGCCACCGGCGGUCAGACUUCCCGGGCGGACCUCUCCUGUUCGGCGCCGCGACGUUGGCUGAUCGAAUCUCCAGCUCAACUCCACAAGGCUCCCCCUCCCCCUGUGUGCCUAGCUUCGACAUCUACUGACGGCAGAGAAGAAAUCUUGAGUCUUCACAAAAGCAGCUAUUUGGAUUUUGGCGUAGAACACAUUUUCUGGUUUGGUAUGAUGGAUAGAGGGAAGUAGUGCUCGUCGACUACUAAGCUGGCCCCUAGUGUUCUUUCGUUGCCUCUUGACCUGAAAUGGAGGGAAGUAGUGCGACGUCACCUUUAGAAGAACCAACAUUUCCAAUAAUUGCAAAUUGUGUGCCAACUCUAUCAGCUGUGGAAUCGGUCAACAGUGCCGAAAAUCAAGUUUUCAGCGAUGCUACCUCAUUUGAUUCUCCAAUGCUUCUCAUUGAUGAUUCCAGUACACCAAAGAAGAAACAAUCCUUCUCUCAAGAGGGUUCUUUUUAUAAACCCCAAUGUCACGAGGAAUUGAAGCCUAAAGUAGGGAUGCUAUUUGAUGAUAUUGGCUCGGUCCUGGAGUUUUAUAGGACAUAUGUACACAAUGUUGGAUUUGGUGUACGUCUUGGUCAGCAAAAGGUCACCAAUAAUGUGCUUCAAUGGAAGCGCUUCUUGUGUGCAAAAGAAGGCUUUCAGCCUGAGAAAGGUAUGGCUGUUGUUGACCCUUCAAAGAAAAGGAGAAAGGUGAAAUUGACUAAAUGUGGUUGUGAAGCUUUUAUCUAUGUCACCCGGGAAAGUGAUGGCAAAUAUAAGGUAGCUUCACUCAAUGAAUAUCACAAUCACCCUUUUGCGCCACCUAGCCAGCAACACUUGAUUAGAUCUAAUCGACAAGUUAGUGAGAGAGUGAAGUCAACACUCCAUGAUUGCCAGAAAGCCAGUAUCAGUACCGCCUUAGCAUAUAGGUUUCUGCAUGUUGGUGUAGGGGGUUUUGACCAUGUUGGCUGCACACAAAAGGACCUACAAAUCACUAUGGUGUAUUGAAGAAUAAAAUAAAAAAUUGUGAUGCUCAAAUGCUAGUGGACCAACUUGGUAGAUUGAAGGCUCUCAAUCCUGCUUUUUUCUUUGAGUAUGAAGUUGACGAGGUUGGUACAUUACUCUGUUUGUUCUGGACAGAUGCGACAAGUAGGAAAAAUUAUGGUCAUUUCAAUGAUGUGCUCUCUUUUGAUUCAACAUACAGCACUAACCAAUAUGAAUACACCUUUGCACCCUUCACUGGAGUAAACCAUCAUAUGCAAAGUGUCUUUUUUGGGGCGGGGUUUCUACUUCAUGAGACAAAAGAAUCUUAUGUUUGGUUGUUCAAGGCAUUUCUUAAAGCAAUGGGUGGGAUUGCUCCUACAGUGAUCAUAACUGAUGAGUGUAUUAGGAUGAGGAACGCUAUUGCAGAAAUUCUACCGAACAGCAAACAUCGAUUGUGUAUGUGGCACAUUAUGGAAAAGGUUCCUGGGAAGGUCCAUCCUGAAUUGAGGAAUGACCUUGGUUUCUAUGAUAGGUUGAAACAUUGUGUCUGGAAUUCUGAAACACCUACUGAAUUUGAGGAUAGAUGGAAGUAUUUUAUUAUAGAGUUUAAGUUGGAGGACCAUGAGUGGUUCGCCAAAAGGUUUCAGCUUCGUGCGACAUGGAUACCAGCAUAUUUCAUGGAUAUUCCGUUAGCUGGUCUUCUUAGGACAACUUCAAUUUCAGAGAGUGCAAAUUCGUUCUUUAAGCAUUUCAUAUGUCGGAAGCUCACUUUUGUUGAGUUUUGGCUAAGGUUUGACACUGCGUUGAAAUGUCAGAGGCAGAAUGAGUUGAUUGCCGAUAACACAAGCAAGUACACAACAAGUGAAUUGUUGACAUCAUGGGAGAUAGAGAAACAAGGCAGGGAGGUAUUCACACAUGAGAUUUUUGAAUUGUUUCAGGCUCAGGUGCUUGCUGCAAGGGAUGAUUGUGAUGUUCAAAACACAACAAAUGGUGAGGGUAUUAAAGUAAUGUCUGUUAGCGACCAAUACAACAAGAUUAGAGAAGUGUGUUAUGAUACAACAACCAUGGUUGCUAAGUGUUCUUGCAAGCUUUUCGAGUCCAAAGGAAUUGUGUGCCGCCACAUUAUCCGAGUACUGAGGGGUGCAAAAAUAAAUGAAUUACCUAGCCUUUAUGUUCUCAAGCGGUGGGAGAAAAAUUGCAAAAGGGACAUUAUGUUUGAUGUGGAAGGAAACGUACUUGAAGAGAAUUUCAUUGACCCAGUUGACAUGGCUGUGAGAAGAAAGAUAUCUGCUGUCAGGAAUAAGCUAGAAGAUCUCAUACAGACUACUAAGUGCUCCAUGGAAGGAGUUGAAUUUCUCCACACCAGCUUGUGCAAGGCUGAGUUGGGUUUGAGGCAGCUAGUACCGGUCGUACCAUGCGAUACGCAAGAAAAUGAGGAGUCACUUAUUGGUAGCAUCAUUCCAAAGGACGUCACCAUCCUCACACCUACUGAUAUCAAUGCAAGGGGCACAUGCUCUAGAAUAAAGGGGCACAGGGAUGGUGUGAGGGGUGGAUCUGGUGACAAGAAAAGAAGGCCGGGAAUUCAUCAAAAAGUCGCGCGCAAAUGCAGCAUUUGUAAGAAAGUGGUAUUCCAUGAUGCAAGGACAUGCUCUAUGAAAAAUAUUACACAAGAGUAGAGCACAUCAACCUCCAUGAGCAAGAAGUACCAACUCCGAAGAUGCUCAUGUCCAUGCUGCCAGAUUACGAUGAGAGAGCAAGUCUUGCUUGCUGCUAAACCCGCUAUAACUGAGUGGUCUAUCCACUGUGCUUUGCACUGAGUUUGUAUCAGACUUGUAGACCAUGGACCAGUCCUCGCUGAGAAUUGAUGAGAAUUAUGUAAUUCUGUAUAUGGUACUGUAGUUGUUAACCUGUUGUAUGCAUGUUCCUACUUAUUAGUUCUGCCUGUUUCGCUUCCUGUGUUCGUGCAUAUAAGAGCUAUUGUGUUUGGAUGAUAGAUUUUUCUACUUGAGUCACUUCUGUUCAUUUGAUUACCGAUUUA